AUGUUCAACCUUUUUGCCAAGUAUUGGAGAUCACCGCAACCUCAGCGUGUGUCAACUGAUGAAGUUAUUCCCGUGGGAUUUUUUGAUGAUACCAUCAUUUUCAGAAACUUUGUCUUCUACGCCCUCUUCAACUUUGACAGUGUCCUUGCGACUGGAUUGCUACAUGACUCUCUAGGAGGUCUGCUAAAUCAGCCGGGUUGGAAUAAGUUGGGAGCCAGAUUGAGAAGAAAUGACCGUGGAGAGCUUGAACACCACAUCCCGAAAGAGUUUUCUGCAGACCGCCCAGCCGUCGGAUUUGAACAUGUUGACCUAAGUCAUUUGGCUGCCGAGGAUCAUCCCACUGCAUCCAAAAUACCCCGCCCACCGAGCAGCGGUCAGCCCUCUAUUGUCGGUGACCCCAGCCAUCUAUCGGACCUCUACCUCGGCCCUGACAUUCCCAGAGGGUUGAAUGACUACCUCUUCACGGAUCGGCCACAGCUUGGACUGCGUAUCGUCUCCUUCAAGAACUCGACAGUCAUGGUCCUUCAUUGGCUGCAUUUGUCGGCUGAUGCCGUAUCUAUCGGGUCUCUUCUCAACGCUUGGUCGCUGAAACUUCAAGGGCGGGAAGAUGACAUACCAAAGCCACUGACAGGUGCCUAUGCUCUGGAAGAUUUGGGCAAGAAUCCGAACAGGCCACACGUUCUUUCUCAUCAGCACAUGUCCACGAUCAGUCUAUGCAAGUGGCUCUUCUGGAACUUCUACAAUCUGGCCAUCAGGCCGAAGGAGAAUCGCGUUGUCUGCAUUCCUGCUGAGUACCUCCGGGGGCUCAAGGAAAAGGCCAUGGCUGAGCUUGAGGCGCAGCCAAGUAUCGACGGCAAGGAAAAGCCAAAGUUUGUGAGUGAAGGAGACGUGAUCCUAGCAUGGGUUGCACGCCUCUCAUUUUCAAGUCUCUCUGAAAGUUCUGAGUGUACGAUGGCCCUACAGCAGGUUUAUGAAUGGCGACGGGCUUUGAAAGACCUCAUACCCAACGACAGGCCGAUACUAAGCAAUUGCGUCGGCUUCGUUGUAACUCUGAUACCCGCGAAAGAUCUUCUCCAAAAGUCGCUGAGCUAUGUGGCUUCCCAGAUCCGUCGUACGCUCAUUGAGCAAGGCUCACGAGAGCAGAUUGAAGCCUAUACAUCACUAAUCCGGCAGGACCCGAUCAACAAGGCCCCUCCUCUAUUUGGCGACACCUCCAUGAAGCUGUUGAUGUUCACGAACUGGCAAAGGGCUAGGCUCUACGAGACCGAUUUCUCGGCAGCAUCUGUCAACAAACUCGAUGACCCCCUGUUUCCUUCGUAUAUCCAGGCAGUCCCAGGCCCUUAUGAGUUUAAUGAUGGGCUCAUUCUUUUUGGCAAGGACUCCUCAGGCAACUACUGGUUUGGAGGACAGAGAGCGCAGGGUCAAUGGGGUAUGAUGGAGCGGAAGAUAGAAGAAGGCAUGGAAGACUUCUGA